UACCCAUUCUGUGUAAUGUGCUGUCGUGUCUUCUACUUUGUCAGUCAUGAAAAAAGUUGUGGCCCGUCUAUAUCCAAUAAUCCAAAUUACAACUCAACAUUCUUUUGGAAUGGGCAACGACCAAACUACGAUGGACCGACAUUUAAUAGCCAGACACCAAAUUAUGGUGGACAAUAUCCAACGAAUUGGAAUAAUCAACAACCUCCAACAUGGAAUAGUCAACAACCUCCAACUUGGAAUGGACAAAAUCCUACUUACAACAACCAGAAUCCAACAUAUAAUGGUCAAUACCCCCCAUCAAAUAAUGGUCAAGAUCCACCAACUUUUGGUCCUCAAAUUCCACCUACUUGGAAUGAAGGUCAAGAUACAAACGAAAUAGAAACUUUUUAUGAAAUUGGAUCACCAAAUUCAAGACCAAAACGAGAUGUGCAGUUCCCAGAAGAUGAUGAAAAUGUCAACAAUAUGCCAGCUAUAGAUGAUGGUAAUAAAACAAUAUACAACAACACGAUGGAUGAUGUUCUAGUCGAAACAAUAACUUCAGCUGAUGGACGUGCCUUAAAGCAAAUGAUGCAAAGCGUUACGAAAAUCGAUGUUGGUCCACAAUCUCAGCUAUUUGUAGCGCCAGGAUCAACAUCUGUGAUUUAUUUCGAAGUGACAAAUUUAAGAAAUGAACCAACUUAUCACAACUUUAAUGUCCAAGACGAGAAGAGAUUUUUGCGGCAAAUGGAACCGAGAUUCAUCUGGUUGCAGCCAAAUCAGAAGGAAUCUAUCCGAGUGACAAUACUAGUGCCACAAGCAACUGAAAGUGGCAUGAAAGAUGUAAUUACAUUGACAUCCCAGAGCGUAAUUCAAACACAACAGUCAGUCGUUGUGACAGUUGCUACAAAUGGAGUAGUUGAUGCAUGGCAACCGCGUCUUUGGUAUACAUACAACACAAGAUGUGAUUGGCGUUGGAAUUGUGUCGGAGGAACAUGGUCAAUUGAAGUUGUGGCACGAGAUUAUGAAUCUGGAUUAUUGAGUUUGAAAUCCAAUCCCGAAGGAUUAUUGCUACGUGCUCCAUUCGUUGCUGGAACAAAUGAAGAAGUCACAGCGACUUAUUCAGCAUCAUGCUGUGAACCAAGAGUGACAAUUACAGCAUACGAUUUGAAUAGAAAUCAACGAACAAUCCAAUUGAAUGUCGAUGAACCGUGGCUUAGUGAAUAUGGAAUUGCAACUGUUGUUCUCGCCUGUCUAUUUUUCAUUUUACUCAUAAUCCUCAUAGUUAUUUGGGUCAGAUGGUGCAUCAACCGUCGACGUGUAGCUCGUGAUUUACCAUCAUAUCGACCUGGUGAUAGAUUCACUGACCCUCCACGUGCUUCAAACAGUGCAAACAUCUAAACCAGUGGUUCUCAAACUUCAUGAGCCGCACAUAUUAAAUAGUUUAUCUAGUGUUGAUUUCGGUGAUUUAUAUAAGAAGAUUAUGGUAAUACAGUAAAGUGUCGUGGAUCAAAGUUUGAGCAGCACUGACCUAAGCAUUCCAUUUGUAAUUUAAUAUAAUUUUUCUGUGUGCCAAAAAAAAUUAUUUAAUUUACUAAAAUAAAAUCAAAA